AUGGACAGCCAUGACGAGUUAUUUAACGAUAAGUUGGCGUUGAUGUGUCUUUAUUACCCAGACUAUCUGAGAGAUGCACUUGGUGACUUGCUACGGCAAUGUAGAGGAGAUAUCGAUGCUACGCGUGCGGUGAUCGGUGGACCGCGUAGUGUCAAGAGGCGAGGACUUCAUCAGGGCAAUUUGGGUCGUAACAUUAGGGUGAAACUACUGGCAAAUGGUAGUGAUGUGGCUGGUGAUUUAGCCGUGGCUGGUACCGUGGUGGAAGCUGGCAAGAUGCGCAAGGCUAAUGAGAUGCGCAAAGCUGGUGAGAUGCGCAAACCUGUCACCAAUGAGGCUGGUGACGUCAAAAACGUCAAUGCCAAAGAUGUUUCUCCCUCCUCAUCACACAAUGUAGCAUCAUCAAAUUUGAAUCUGCCAGGCAAAAAACAACGUGGGCAUGUUAUAACCCUCAAUACUCCGCGUGACGUCGAAACUCAUCUUGGAGAAUAUGCAUCGUUGCACCCAAAUUUCUUUUCACCAGAAAUUGCCGACCAAUUGCUAGACGACGUGGCCACUCAUACCAAUCUCUACAAGAGUCACGAGUUUUAUUUAUUUGGCAACUACUGCGUGCUGAACCACGGAACUGGUGCGUUCUGCAAGCCUAACUCCAAGUACCCCGACCUCAUCUAUAAUGGGCUCAAGUCCCGCAAGCCCGUGCCCUACUCUGCCAUGUUUGGUAGGGCCGUAGACAUUCUAGAAGCCUAUGUGAACGAUGUGGUGAUUCCAUCCAACAAAAGACUUCCGUUUCAGCGCAAAGAUCCAUGGACUGGCAACUUCUGUGCUGUCAACUACUACCAGAAGCUCCAGAACAACUUGGAGUGGCACUCGGACCGUUUAUCUCAUAUAGGUCCGCAUAACUACAUUGCAUCGGUAUCACUUGGAUCCACACGCAUGUUUCGGUUGCGGAGAAACUCGUCAACGAACGGAACUAUCUACCAGAUUCCUCUCACUCACAAUUCGCUAUUGAUGAUGAAACCUGGGUGUCAAGAAAAGUUCAAACACUGCGUAAAUUCGAUGCUGAAGGCUUUGGAAGUUCAUCCGAAGGUGGGGACGACGCGGUAUGGCCUUACAUUUCGAUGCUACGAUGAGAAAUUUUUGGCCAACCUUCCCAAGUGCAAAUGUAACAUGAGCAUGACAUUGCGUCGAUCAUAUAAGGCACCAGCCACCCGGGGCCGCUACUUUUGGCUGUGUGAAAAUCUGUAUCAGAAUAAGGAUUGCGGGACAUUUCAUUGGGCAGAUUUCUCGAACAUAGAGGGCCACUACAUUGCAAAGGACGUGGAGGAUAUUUCUACGUGGGUGGGUGAUGAUAUGGAAUAA